UUGAGUCAUUUUUUUUCAAGAUAAAUGAAAAAUGAUCACUAUAAGGAAAAUGUUUCAGGACAAGCAAAGUGGAAACUGGUGGUUAAGGAUACAGAAAACAGAUGUAGGAUACUGGCCAGGCUCGAUCUUCACAACACUAUCUGACAGGGCUGAUACAUUAAGUUGGGGUGGAGAGAUUGUUAAUUUACAAUCACAAGGCCAUCACACCUCUACUCAAAUGGGAAGUGGCCAUUUUCCCAGUGAAGGCUUCAACAAAGCUAGUUAUAUCCGAAAUCUUAGGUACAUGGAUGAGUCUGGAUCUAUAAAAGAUACUGCAAAUGUCGAGCCAUAUGUGACAAGGCCUGGAUGCUAUGAUUCACAGAUGGGAGACAUGAAAAAUUUUGGAACCCAUUUCCAUUUUGGUGGCCCUGGAUAUUCUGAUAAAUGCCAGUAGAGUCAUCGUAGAGCAAUAAAAUUGAUAUUUAAUUUCAACAUGUAUGCCUAAAGUAUGGUGAUUUAUGACAGAAGGAUAU